AUGUCAUUCCUUUUGGCCCUGCUGGGCCUGGUCUCGUUGACCUCCGCCGCGUCAACGGCCGACUGGAAGCCAAGAGCCGUGUACCAGACCAUGACUGACCGUUUUGCCCGCACUGAUAACUCGACAACUUCUCCCUGCAGCACCAAAGAUGGCCUCUACUGCGGAGGCACGUGGAGGGGAACCAUUAACCAACUCGACUACAUCGAAGGCAUGGGCUUCGAUGCCGUGAUGAUCUCGCCUAUCAUCGACAACAUUAAAGGUCGCGUCUCGUACGGUGAGGCCUACCAUGGAUACUGGCCCGUCAACUUGAACGCUCUCAACGCACGCUUCGGUACGCACCAAGAUCUGCUCGAUCUUAGUGAUGCCCUCCAUGCCCGUGGCAUGUAUCUGAUGAUGGAUACGGUGAUCAACAACAUGGCCCAGAUCAUUCCCAACGGCACCGACCCGGCUAAGGAGGUCGACUACUCGGUCUUCGACCCUUUCAACAACAAGGACUACUUCCAUCCUUACUGCAAAAUUAAGGAUUGGAACAACUUCACCGAUGCGCAACUCUGUCAGACUGGUGAUCUCAACGUCCCACUUCCGGAUCUCUAUACCGAGCACCCAGAUGUCCAAAAGCUUCUCAUCGACUGGGCCAAGGACGCCAUCAAGACAUAUUCUAUUGAUGGACUCCGUAUUGAUGCCGCCAAGCACGUCGACGCCAACUUCCUCAAGACAUUUACCAACGAUAUUGGCGUAUUCAGUACUGGAGAAGUUCUCGAAGGUGCGGUUAGCAUCAUCUCGGAUUACCAGGCCCAUUACAUUUGUAGUAUGCCAAAUUACCCAAUCUACUUCCAAAUGCUACAAGCUUUUACGAUGGGAAACACAAGUGCAUUGGCUCUCGAGGUGGAGGCCAUGAAACAGGCUUGCACGGAUGUCAACGCUCUUGUUUCUUUCUCAGAGAAUCACGACAAGCCUCGUAUCGGUAGCAUGUCUAAUGACACGGCGACGGCCAAAAACGUACUGGUCUUCACACUCCUCUUCGACGGAAUCCCCAUGAUUUACCAAGGUCAAGAACAGCACCUCAAGGGCGCCGAUCCACCAUACGACCGAGAAGCCAUCUGGCUCACGAAAUACAACACCGAAUCUGAGCUUUACCAACUAAUCGCCAAACUCAACAAGCUCCGCAAACACGUCAACGCCCUCGGCAGUGACUACUUUGACCAACCAACACACACUGUCUACCAAGGCGCAAGUGAACUUGCAUUUUCUAAAGGUGUCGAAGGUCGACAAGUUAUCAUGAUGCUGUCAACCCAAGGUUCAGAAAGUGGCGCCUACAACGUGGCCCUGAGCAACAGUUACAACGCCGGCACCGAAAUCAUGGAAAUCCUCAAUUGCGAAAAGUACACACCUGAUGAAUUUGGCUCCAUCACAGUCGCCAUGAACAAGGGCGAGCCUCGGGUGUUCUGGCCUGUGAAAUACAUGGAAGGCAGUGGUCUCUGUGGUUACGAAAUCAAGAACGUGACCUUGGCCCAGUUGAAGAAUGGCGUGGCCUCUUCUGCUUCCUCGGUCAUCGCUUCUUCACCACUAACUACAGCUUUAGCCUCUCUGUGUCUUGCAUUGACGAGUAUUGUGAUGAUCCUUUGA